AUGUGGGACGGGCGCAGAUGUGGGACGGGCGCAGAUGUGGGACGGGCGCAGAUGUGGGCCGGGCGGAGAUGUGGGACGGGCGGAGAUGUGGGACGGGCGGAGAUGUGGGACGGGCGGAGAUGUGGGACGGGCGGAGAUGUGGGACGGGCGGAGAUGUGGGACGGGCGGAGAUGUGGGACGGGCGCAUAUGUGGGACGGGCGGAGAUGUGGGACGGGCGGAGAUGUGGGACGGGCGGAGAUGUGGGACGGGCGGAGAUGUGGGACGGGCGGAGAUGUGGGACGGGCGCUGAUGUGGGACGGGCGCUGAUGUGGGACGGGCGCAGAUGUGGGACGGGCGCAGACGUGGGACGGGCGCAGACGUGGGACGGGCGCAGACGUGGGACGGGCGCAGACGUGGGACGGGCGGAGACGUGGGACGGGCGGAGACGUGGGACGGGCGGAGACGUGGGACGGGCGGAGACGUGGGACGGGCGGAGACGUGGGACGGGCGGAGACGUGGGACGGGCGGAGACGUGGGACGGGCGGAGACGUGGGACGGGCGGAGACGUGGGACGGGCGGAGACGUGGGACGGGCGGAGACGUGGGACGGGCGGAGACGUGGGACGGGCGGAGACGUGGGACGGGCGGAGACGUGGGACGGGCGGAGACGUGGGACGGGCGGAGACGUGGGACGGGCGGAGACGUGGGACGGGCGCAGACGUGGGACGGGCGCAGACGUGGGACGGGCGCAGACGUGGGCCGGGCGCAGACGUGGGCCGGGCGCAGACGUGGGCCGGGCGCAGACGUGGGCCGGGCGCAGGUGUGGGACGGGCGCAGGUGUGGGACGGGCGCAGGUGUGGGACGGGCGGAGGUGUGGGACGGGCGGAGGUGUGGGACGGGCGGAGGUGUGGGACGGGCGGAGGUGUGGGACGGGCGGAGGUGUGGGACGGGCGGAGGUGUGGGACGGGCGCAGGUGUGGGACGGGCGCAGACGUGGGACGGGCGCAGACGUGGGACGGGCGCAGACGUGGGACGGGCGCAGACGUGGGACGGGCGCAGACGUGGGACGGGCGCAGACGUGGGACGGGCGCAGACGUGGGACGGGCGCAGACGUGGGACGGGCGCAGACGUGGGACGGGCGCAGACGUGGGACGGGCGCAGACGUGGGACGGGCGCAGACGUGGGACGGGCGCAGACGUGGGACGGGCGCAGACGUGGGGCGGGCGCAGGUGUGGGGCGGGCGGAGGUGUGGGGCGGGCGCAGACGUGGGGCGGGCGCAGACGUGGGGCGGGCGCAGACGUGGGGCGGGCGGAGACGUGGGGCGGGCGCAGACGUGGGGCGGGCGCAGACGUGGGGCGGGCGCAGACGUGGGGCGGGCGCAGACGUGGGGCGGGCGGAGACGUGGGGCGGGCGGAGACGUGGGGCGGGCGGAGACGUGGGGCGGGCGGAGACGUGGGACGGGCGGAGACGUGGGACGGGCGGAGACGUGGGACGGGCGCAGGCGUGGGACGGGCGCAGGCGUGGGACGGGCGCAGGCGUGGGACGGGCGCAGGCGUGGGACGGGCGCAGGCGUGGGACGGGCGGAGGCGUGGGACGGGCGGAGGCGUGGGGCGGGCGGAGGCGUGGGGCGGGCGCAGGCGUGGGGCGGGCGGAGGCGUGGGGCGGGCGGAGGCGUGGGGCGGGCGGAGGCGUGGGGCGGGCGCAGGCGUGGGGCGGGCGCAGGCGUGGGGCGGGCGCAGGCGUGGGGCGGGCGGAGACGUGGGGCGGGCGCAGACGUGGGGCGGGCGGAGACGUGGGGCGGGCGGAGACGUGGGGCGGGCGGAGACGUGGGGCGGGCGGAGACGUGGGGCGGGCGGAGACGUGGGGCGGGCGGAGACGUGGGACGGGCGGAGACGUGGGACGGGCGGAGACGUGGGACGGGCGGAGACGUGGGACGGGCGGAGACGUGGGACGGGCGGAGACGUGGGACGGGCGGAGACGUGGGACGGGCGGAGACGUGGGACGGGCGGAGACGUGGGACGGGCGGAGACGUGGGACGGGCGGAGACGUGGGACGGGCGGAGACGUGGGACGGGCGGAGACGUGGGACGGGCGCAGACGUGGGACGGGCGCAGACGUGGGACGGGCGCAGACGUGGGACGGGCGCAGACGUGGGACGGGCGCAGACGUGGGACGGGCGGAGGCGUGGGACGGGCGCAGACGUGGGACGGGCGGAGACGUGGGACGGGCGCAGACGUGGGACGGGCGCAGACGUGGGACGGGCGGAGACGUGGGACGGGCGCAGACGUGGGACGGGCACUGUUUUUGGACGGGCGCAGAUGUGGGACGGGCGGAGACGUGGGACGGGCGCAGACGUGGGACGGGCGCAGAUGUGGGACGGUUGGAGAUAG